AACUCCUGUUUGGCUCUCAAACUAUUCAGACAGACGACAGGCAAGAAAAGAAAAAAGAAAAAGAAAACUAACAAGUACAUUUGAAGUACGAUCGAGGUGCAGCAUUAGGGUUUUUAUCCAUAUUGCUGAUGAUCAACUACCUAGCCAGCUAACAGUUUCGACUUCCUUUUUCCAUUACAUACAUUUGAUUUAUUACUUAUUUUCUUGUUGGGUUGGGUAAUGGAUGGGAAGAAAUUGGAGUACAAAGGGGUGGAAGCCUUGAAGGAGCUGGAAAGACUCACCAUUAAAGCUGGGGAAGUUCAAGAACAGAUCUUGACACAGAUCCUCUCACAGAAUUGCCACACUCACUAUUUGUCCAAAUACUAUAAUAAUAAUAAUAAUUGUUGUAAUAAUAAGCUGCAGCUGUCUCAUGAUCUGUUUAAGAAAAAUGUCCCUCUUGUUACGUAUAAGGAUAUCUACCCUUACAUUCUCAGAAUUGCUAAUGGAGACGAUGACUCCAAUCUCCUCACUGCACACCCCAUCACUGAAAUGCUCUCCAGCUCGGGAACGUCCGCCGGAGAGCCCAAAUUGAUGCCCUCCAUUGCAGAAGACCUUGAUCGUCGUACCUUCGUCUACAACCUCAUCAUGCCUAUAAUCAACCAGUACGUGGAUGGGCUGGAUGAGGGGAAAGCAAUGUAUCUCUACUUCGUGAAAGCAGAAACAUCGACGGCGUGCGGAAUUCCGGCGAGGACCGUACUGACGAGCUACUAUAAAAGCUCGCACUUUAAGCACCGCCCGCACGAUCCCUUCAACGAUUUCACGAGCUCCGACGCCGCCAUUCUCUGCCACGACAGCGACCAGAGCAUGUACUGCCAGCUGCUCGCCGGACUCAUCCACCGCCGCCGCGUCCUCCGCCUCGGAGCAGUCUUCGCUUCCGCGCUCCUCCGCGCAAUCUCCUUCCUCGAGCGCCACUGGCGAGAAUUUUGCCGCGACAUUCGCGCCGGAGAACUUUCAGUCGGCGUCUCCGACGCCGCUUGCAGACUGGCGAUGGCGGAUCUCCUCCGACGGCCCGACCCGGACGCGGCGGAUGAGAUUGAAAACAUCUGCCGGCAAUCGUGGAAGGGGAUCGUGUGCCGGCUGUGGCCCAACGCUAAGUACAUUGAGGCGGUGGUGACGGGGUCGAUGUCGCAGUACGUGCCGGCGCUGAAGUUCUACAGCGACGACCGGCUGCCGUUGGUCUGUCCGAUGUACGCCUCGUCGGAAUGCUACUUUGGGGUCAAUCUGAAGCCGCUUUGCCCCCCGUCGGAGGUUUCGUUCACCCUGCUGCCGAACAUGGCCUACUUUGAGUUCUUACCGUUGGCAGAAGACGGCAAACUGUGGAUGGCUUUCGAAGACGAUGACGACACCGAAAACGACAACGAAACGGCGCCGUUUAGUAAUAAUACCGAAAGGGCGCCGUUUAAAAACAAUAACGAAACGACGCCGUUUAAUAAAAAAGAGGCGGCGCCGUUUAAUAGUAAGCUCGUGGAUCUCGUCAAUGUAAAAGUCGGUUGCUACUACGAGCUCGUCGUCACCACAUUUUCCGGUUUGUACCGGUACCGAAUCGGCGACGUACUGCAAGUGACCGGAUUCCACAACGAGGCGCCGCAGUUCCGGUUCAUCUGCCGGCGGAAUGUGGUCCUGAGCAUCGACUGCGAGAAGACGAACGAAGAAGAUCUCCACCGCAGCAUCACGGCUGCGGCGAAGAGCUUCCUGGAGCCGCGCGGCGCUCUGCUGGUGGAGUACACCAGCUACGCCGACGCGACCUCCGUCCCCGGCCACUACGUUCUGUUCUGGGAGAUCAAAAGCACAGUCGCCGGCACUAAUCUAGCGGCGUGGGUGCUGAACGAGUGCUGCAUCGCGGUGGAGGAAGGGCUUGACUACGUGUACCGGCGGUGCCGGACGAACGACAAGUCGGUGGGGCCGUUGGAAAUCCGGUGGGUGAAGGGUGGAACCUUCGAGAAGCUUAUGGAUCUGUCGAUUGCUCAAGGAGGAGCAUCCAUUAAUCAGUACAAAACUCCCAGGUGUGUUAAGUCCAAAGCUUUUCUCAAGCUGCUCAAUGCUAAUGUGAGUGAGUCUUAUUUCAGUCCCAGAGAUCCUGUUUGGAAUCCCUGAAAUCACUCUUAGAUUAAUUGAAUAAUUUGAUUUUGAUGAUGAUGAUUGGGAGGAGAAUCAUUGAUUAGUAGUAAAUCCAGGUUUAUGUUAUUUAUGAAAUGAUUCUCGAUCAUAUUUGUGCAAGAUCAGAAAAUGGAGUAAUACUUAAAUCGAUCAAUUUUGCACGUUGAUGAUGCUGUUUUAUACAUUGUUACGUUUUCACAGAAAUAUCACAAUACAUACAUAGAUACAUACAAACACCUUAUUGAAUUUGCACUUUGAUCUGCUGUUUUGGAUCAAAUUUAUAAUUGAAUGUUGAUCAAGUGUGGCUCCAAGAGCUCAAGAACAUGAUAGUUCUCAUGGGAUCUUCACGAUAUCUGUACUUUGGUCGUUCGUUGUCUCUCUUGCAAGGUUGUCGGAGCUUCCUUUCCGGUGUAGUCUUGGAGUCUUGCAGGGCGACGGAGCUGUCGCCGGAGAAGCUGUUCUGAGACUUCAUCUUUUGAUAAGUUAUUUAUUUUUUUAUUAAUUGUUAAUAUUACUUUCUUCUUUUCUUCUCCUCGUCUGUUUG